AAUUCGCUUUGUAACAAUUCAGAGCAGGAAUGUUCGUCUAACGGUGCGGUGACGUCAGAGGGUGAUUUGCAUAUCUCGGCGUAUAUAUAGUGUGAUUCUGCGCUGCUUCUUCACACUGCUGCAUCUGCAGACGAUCAAAGUACUCCGACAACCACAUCAAACUCUGACCGACUGCAAACAUGUCUGACAAGCCAAAUCUGGAAGAGGUAACCAGCUUCGACAAGACCAAGCUGAAGAAGACAGAAACCCAGGAGAAAAAUCCUUUACCGUCAAAAGAAACCAUCGAACAGGAAAAGAAAGCGGAUUCAUCAUGAAGGCCGCUUACGACUCUCUCUAUGCACUGUACAUUCCACAUUGCCUUCUUUUUCAUGUCUUUUCGCUGUUUAACGUGUAAUGGAAAAAUCUGACCUAAGUUGCAUUGUGAUUGGACAACCCAAAAAAAUGCAGACGACCGAACAGCCCUAUGUUGUGUGCCCACAUACUCCUCUGCUUGUAAACCACACCACUAAAUGGGAGUUAUUCUGAUGGCGUUUGUCUAUACAGAUAAAAAGGCGCCAGCCGGAAAGCCGAGUUUCACUUCUGAAAAGUGGCGGGGGGGGCGGGGCAAUGUAUUUGAGUGACAUGUAACAGAGACUCGCUCUUGUAACAUCUCAUGUGACCUCGGUUGACUUGCUCAAAUGCUUUAAAGUCAUGUAUUUUUUUUUUUUUUUGUAUGUUCACGUCUUGGAAUGCACAACUUUUGUUUUGUAAUGCAAAUAAAAAUCUGUAAAUGCA